UGACUAUUUAAUUGUGUUUUUACUAAUUUGUGUGAUGUUUGCAAUGGGAUGUUCGGUCACCAUUGAACAGGUAUGGAGUCAUCUAAGAAAACCAUUUGCUGUGAUCGUUGGACUCAUAGCUCAGUUUGGAUUAUUGCCGUUUGCAUCAUAUUGUUUAAUCCAGACAUUGGAGCUAGAGCAUUUGCAUUCUGCUGGUUUAUUGAUAUUAGCUUGUUGUCCG